AUGUGCCCCACCCCCGGCGGCGCUUUCGCCCCUGCGCACACGUGGUCGGUGGCUAGGCACCCCUCCUUUCAGCCUCCCCAAGUCAUCCGCUUCCAGCCAUCACUAGGGAGCCCAGGAUCAUCCAGAGGCCGCUCAGGGUGUUGGUGGAGAGCGAGUGUCGGUCUUGAGUUACAGUGGUACCGAGUCGUCUUAAAAGCUAGAGCUAGGCCUGCCCUUCCCACCCACUCGAGUUUCCAGAAGGCUGUGGCGCACACCAGCGGUGCGGGGUGGGGGUCACCGGUGGGAACAGCUUUGGAUCCGCAGCCUAGCGUGCACGGCCGAGUAAAGAGGCCAGAGCGUGGAGAUUAUAUCUUUAUCUCUGAACUUCAGGCGACCCCACUGAUUCCAAGCAGAGCACCUCUCCCUUCCCAGCCUCUCCCGGCACUCUGGGGUCCCUCCGGCUCAGCAAAGCAGGGCGCUAGGACCCGGCGGGGAGCGGAGGCGGCCGCUGCCCUGGAGCCUGGAGGAGCCGGGAGGACCUGGCCUGUCGAUCCGCCCCGGCUGGAAAACUUUCUUUUUAAUUACGUCUCCAGGCCGGAGCGGUGGGCGCCAAUCGAGGAAGCCGGGGUGCCGGGGAAUCCUGGCUACGAGCACCCCACUAGGUCUGGCAGGGCGUUGAGACUCUCCCAGGAGCGCUCAAGGAGACAGCCAAAAACUCAGCUGCGGAGACCCGCGCUACUACUGUGGUCACAGAAAAGAACCAACUUUGUCUGGCGGACGCAUCCUGUGCUUUAAUCAAGUUCCUAUUCAACAUAUUCUCAAUGAUUAAUAGCCCAACUGCUUGAUUUUCAAUCCAGAGCUCAUAAACAAGAUUAUUUUUAGCUUGAUGCUUUUCAAACUAAGAGUAAAAAAGCAGAUACACUAAAUAAAUAACCUGGUGUGAGCUGAGCAUCGCUCUCUCUGGGCCAGAUGCGGGGCCUAUUAAUACACCACGCACCUGUGGCUUGUGCCCUGGAGAGAAACCCUAAAAUCCAACCGGGAUUUUUCAGUUUUCCUUCUAAGCUAAAAAGAAUGUUUUUACCUGGAGGGGGAAGGGAAGGCUGGAGGGAAAGUGUCCUGUUCGGAGCCUGGAGAGAUGGGAGCAGGAAGUUGACACAUGGCUGGCUCAAGGUUGUCCUCACCUGUGUAAGCAGAAGAAUUUAGGACAGAAGGAAGGGAAAGCAUAGGAGUACAGUCAUCCACAAGGAAAGGUGUAAUGACUGUGUGGAGAGUGGGGCUCCUACCCCCCAGAAUCUCCUUGUCCUUUGAAGGUGUGAAAGGGGUGUGGGUGAGGACUGAGACGUGCCUUUGCUCUCCUAUAGGCAGGAGACAGUAGGGAGACAGACAGGUCAUAUACAGUCUGCUGAUAGGAAAAAGAAUCUUUGUAGAGAAAGGGACACCAAAAGAGCAGGGUCCUCACAUAUGUUAGAGAUUCCUGAAUGAGGAUUAAGGGUGCGUGUGCUACCAUGGAGACACCCAGCCCUGGCCAAUACUGGGCUGGGGAGAAGGCAGCCAUUGAUGCUGGAAAGGUGCUAUGAACUGAAUUGUGUCCCUCUAAAAUUCAUAAAUUUAUGCCCCAAUGUGAUGAUAUUUGAAGACAGAGCUUUUAGGAGGCAGGUAGGGGUAAGAGGUGGCAAGGGUGGGUUGCUAAUAAGAUAGGAUUGAUGACCAUUUAGGAAGACAGCGACCUAAGUACAGAGAGGUUAGAAGCCUGAAAAAGAGCCCCACCAGACUCCAACCAUGCUGGCCUCAGAUGUCCAGCCUCCAGAGGGGUAAGGGAAAAAAAAAAUCUAUCUUUAUACAACUGAGUCUGUGGGAUCCCAUUGGGGCACCCAGAGCUGACUGAAACAGGAAGUGAGAGAGGGCUUCAUGCAGGAAUGGACCUUUGAGCUAUUUCCUGAGGCAGGCAGGAAUUUGCUGGAAGGAUAAGGAAGGAAAGGCUUUCUUGGAGGAGGGAACAGCAGGUGCAAAGGUGGAGAGGCUGAGGGAACAUGGCAUGUUCUGGUAACAAAGGACAAGUCCUUUGACAAGCUGGAGUGUGGGGCUAGCUGGGGAGGGGCCUAGAUAAGGCUAGAUCCACAGACCGGGUUAGGUUGAUGGCCAAGGCCAUCCGAGGUGAGGAGAAAAGCCUUAUCUCACAGGCAUUUGCCCUCCAGUGGUGAGUCCCAUUCAGAUUCUCAAAGGCCACUCUCGCUGGGAUGGACAGGUGUUGGCCAGGUGAGAAACAGUGGAGUCCAUGCAGGCUGUGGUGGUAUACCUCAGUUUAUCAGCCCUCAGAAGGCUGAGGCACAAGGCUUGCAAGUUUGAGGCCAACCUAGGUUACAUAGAAAGAUCACAUCUCAACCCAUCCCCUCUGCCAGGAGAAGCUACAGAAUCCAAGGCUUCCUGGGGUGAGACAGAAGGCAGGAUGGACUUGAACAAGAUGCCAGGCCUCUGGCUAGGAUUGCAAUCUUCUGAUAUAUACAGAGUCCUAUAAGCCCCAGGGAGGCCACAGGGGACUCACCUGCAGGACACACCUGCCUGCUUUGUGCUUCUGGAGAAGUGUUUUCUUAUCAAAAGAUUCUUGGUUCUUAAAGAAACUCCCCUAAUCACCCAAUAGAUUACACCUCCUAUCUCAUCUGGAGGCUCCAGGAGAGGUGGGGGACUCUGCAAAUCCAUUUAAACACCUACCUCAUCAUUUACUAGCUGGGUGACCUUAGGCAAGUUAAUGAAUUUCUCUGCGUGUCUGUUCUCUAUAAACUGAGGACAGUAAUUCCCUGUAGGGCUAGUAGAAGGGUUGGAGAGAAUAGGCUGAGACCAGUUCCUGGCAUGCUGUAGACACUUGAUAAAUUCAGAACUUUUACAUCGAACUUGCCGUGUUUGCCUCUCAAAGCACACUUGUCUGAGGUUCAAGUUUCUCCAGAAACGUCUCAUAUUAAAGAACUUGCUUCAACAUAUGUUUGGGAUGCCUGGGAAUGGAGCUGGCUGGGAUUCUCAGUGUGGUCUUGGGCAAAGUGGUUCGAAGUCAUUCUCAUCCAAACAGCCCAGAAGUCAUGUGUUUGUUAGUAACUGUACAAAUGGAUGCUAUCUAAGAUCACGACAUCCCAGGAGAGCAAAAAUACCUGUUGACCGAGUUCAUGGGAAUCACCUGUUUCCCAUUUUCUCUCAAUAGUCACUGUAAUGUAUGUACAUUUGCUUUUGCUGCUUGUUUUAUUCUGUUUGUAGCUGGCUAGUAAAAUCAGACACUAGGGAUUCUAGAAGGAAAUAAAA